AUGCAACCGUCGGAGAUGUUUGUUGGUGCGAUAGACCAGGGUACAACGAGCACCAGAUUUCUCAUCUUCAAUCGUGAUGGUGAACCGGUGGCUUCACAUCAGGUAGAAUUCACUCAGAUCUAUCCCAACUCCGGAUGGCACGAGCAUGACCCGCUAGAGCUCGUGUCGUCCGUCGAUACGUGCAUCGAAGGAGCCGUCCAACAAUUUGAAUCUCAGGGAUACUCGCGACAUAGCAUCCAGGGAAUCGGAAUUACGAACCAACGGGAGACCACCGUGGUUUGGGAGUAUGAGACUGGGGAGCCACUGUGCAAUGCUAUUGUGUGGACUGAUACACGCUCCCAGGACAUCGUCAAUGAGUUGAAAGGAAGACCAGGGGCGUUGCAGCUGCAACAACUAUGUGGCCUUCCCCUCUCGACCUACUCAUCUUCCACAAAGCUUCUCUGGAUGCUGGCAAAUGUUCCUGCGGUAAAGGAUGCCUUUGAUAGAGGCACUCUGGCAUUUGGGACCGUCGACGCAUGGCUAGUCUACCGGUUGAACGGAGGCCAGCAAGCCAACGUGUUUGUGUCAGACCCGACCAACGCAUCCCGGACAAUGUUCAUGAACUUAGAGACCCUCCAGUACGACAACACCCUGCUGGACUUCUUUGGCAUCCGUGGCAGGAUCCAUCUUCCCACAAUUGUCCCGUCGUCUGAUAAAGAUGUCUACGGGGCCUUGUCUUACGGGGCUCUGGCAGGAGUUCCGAUUAUGGGCUGUCUCGGCGAUCAGUCUUCCGCGCUGGUCGGUCAGAAAGGAUUCUCCCCAGGACUGGCGAAGAACACCUACGGAACCGGGUGUUUUCUUCUUUACAAUGUCGGUGAUAAGCCUGUCAUUUCAAAACAUGGUCUCCUGGCCACUGUUGCCUACCAUUUCGAUGGAAAGCCAGUCUACGCUCUAGAGGGCAGCAUCGCUGUGGGGGGCUCCGGGGUCAAAUUUCUCCAGAACAACUUGGAAUUCUUCAAGGAACCCAAAGAGGUGAACGAUCUAGCUCUGACGGUUGAGGACAAUGGAGGCUGUGUGUUUGUCACAGCAUUCAGUGGGCUCUUUGCACCGUACUGGAUCGACGACGCAAAGGGAACCAUAUUUGGAAUCACGCAGUACACCCAGAAGGGUCAUAUCGCCCGAGCCACAAUGGAAGCCACCUGUUUCCAGACCAAGGCCAUCCUAGAUGCCAUGGAGAAAGACAGUGGACACGCACUGUCCGAACUAGCCGUAGACGGAGGGAUGAGUAACUCCGACCUUGCCAUGCAGAUCCAGGCCGAUCUCAUAUCAAUCCCUGUUUAUCGACCCAAAAUGCGAGAAACGACGGCCCUCGGGGCUGCCAUUGCGGCAGGAUUGGCUGUUGGGCUCUGGCGAAAUUUUGCCGAGUUACGAGACAUCAACCGUGCUGGAGGAACUGUCUUUGAACCGCAGGUGAGUCAAGAGGAAAGUGCCAAAUCGUUUGCUCUCUGGGAAAAGGCCGUGAAUAUGGGCAAAGGUUGGGUAGGAGACAAGGGACAACAGCCACCACCGGCGACGAUGACGCAGAAGCUCAAGGAGUCCCCUGAGGCUAUGAAAACUGCAGUGAAGAGUAACUUGACGAAAGUCAAUGGGGAAACUAUUACCCCCGUUAAGACACCUUUUGUCAAUAUAUCGAGUGACCUAGAUGAGGCCGAUGAGGAAGAUCUAUGUCUGGAGUUGCGGAGGGUGGAAAUCUUACAGAAGCUGAAGAAGCUGAGAAAGCCGAGGGCCUCGUCUCUGUAG